AUGGAAGAGGAGCCUAUGAUCGAGGAAGUACGGUACUUCAAGGCAAUUGGACAUCUCACUGGCAACGGAAUGCAUGAAGUGAUCAGAAAUUGGAAAAAUCAAUAUGGUUAUGUGUAUGGGGUGUAUUUUGGACGAGAACCGUACCUUAUUAUUUCUGACUUAGAUAUGUUGAAGGAUAUACUCGUCGGGAAAUUCAACUGUUUCCCAAACAGACGGAUGUCCGUGUUAAUAAGGCAAUGCACAGACAACAUGAUGACACAUUUAAGUAAUUGUGCCAAUGAUGGUGAUGGAUCUAUAGACCUUAAGGAGAAAUUUAGUGCUUAUUCUAAUGACUGUUUACUCAGUGCUGCAUUUGGUGUAGAAAUCGACUCUCAGAGUGAGGAAAGCAAUCAAUUCAUCGUAAACUUGAAACAAAUGUUGAGUCAACUAAACAUGAACUUGAUGUUGACCCUUCGAAUUAUCUUACCGUUUCUGCGACCAUUAUUCGACUUUUUCAACUUGAAAGUUAUCCCUCAUAAUUUGAUGAAUUAUUUUGUCAUGGAAACCAAUCAGACGAUUGAAUUCAGAAAAUCACAAGAUGAUCCGAGAAUUGACUUGCUACAGUUAAUGUUGAAUGCUCACAAAGAUGUGAAGGAAGGAGAAUUAGAUGAAGAGGAACGCAUGAAACUAACCAAUAAUGAAAUACUUGGACAGGUGAAUACACUGUCUGAUUUCAUUUUCGCAUUCUAUCAUGCAGAUUUGCGCUAUUUAAACUGUUGGCUUGCUGAUUCAGUGACGAGACCUGGGAAGGCUGGACUCAUAAUGGACAUACACGAUACACUAAAUGAACCAUUGGAAGUUCAGAACAUUAUCAAAGAAUUGCACCUUGUCCCGUGCCCAGAAGGAGGGUAUUACAUACAAACGUACCGGUCUGGUUCAGAACCUAUGUCGUCAUCUGCACUAACCGACAUUAAUGGCACUGUAAUGGCACCUGUUGGACGCAGGAAUUCAGUGCGUAAUAUCUGCACAUCCAUAGUGUAUCUACUGACCAAGAAUUCCCCGAUAGAUUUCCUGCAUCGAAAUGAAUCCGAUAUGGUGAGGUAUUACCAUGGCGGGGGGACAGUUCAGGUUUACAUACUUUCACCCGACGGUAAACUUCAUCAACAUAGACUAGGAAUGAAUUUCUCUGCGGGAGAUGUUCUGCAAGUGGUGACGCCCGGUGGCUUCUGGGAAGCCUUGGAGCUGGUUGAUGGCGAUUGGGCUCUGCAGGGGGAGGCAAUGGCCCCAGGGUUCGACGAUCGCGACUUGGUUCUUGGGACACAGGAAUCGAUUUCCCAUUUCUCAAGAGAAAUUAGGAAUAUGUUGAAACGAUACAUUUAUUCAGAUGUGAAGGAAGGAGAAUUAGAUGAAGAGGAACGCAUGAAACUAACCAAUAAUGAAAUACUUGGACAGGAUAAGCUGCGUGACGAAAUCAAUGACGUAAUGAUACGACACGAUCAUCCUGGCUAUGAUGCCCAACGUGAGAUGUCAUACUUGGACCAAGUCUGCUGCGAAGCUCUGCGUAUCUUUCCACCCAUUACAUCAACAGACCGUCAAUGUAGCGAGGAUUGUGUCAUUUCGGGUAAUAUAUUUGUCCCAAAAGACGUUAAUAUCCACAUACCUAUUUGGGCAAUUCACCAUGAUCCGGAAAUAUAUCCUGAUCCUGAGAAAUUCGACCCUCAAAGAUUCUCUGCAGUGGAACUUAACAAACGACAUUCCUAUGCAUGGCUUCCAUUCGGCGGUGGUCCUCGUGUGUGUCUUGGGAUGCGUCUUGCGAUGUUAGAAUCAAAGUACGCUAUUGUGAGAAUUCUGCAGAAAUACAAGUUGGAGACGUGCGCAGAGACUGAGAUGUCCCCGAAAUAUCUGCAUACCAAUUCGACAUCGCAUACAUGGCCGUUCUCUGCAAUUGCCGAACUCAUAGACAAUGCCUAUGAUCCCGAUGUCUCAGCCAAGCAAAUGUGGAUUGAUGUACGUUACAUUAAAAAUGAAUUGUGUCUGUCAUUUACUGACGACGGUGCUGGAAUGUUACCGGAUAAACUCCACAAAAUGUUGAGUUUUGGGUACUGCGAGAAGGUUGAGGUUAAUGGACACAGACCUGUUGGACAUUAUGGUAAUGGGUUUAAAAGUGGUUCCAUGAGACUAGGAAAAGAUGCUUUGGUUUUAACAAAGAGAGAGAAAUACAUGUCAGCUGGUUUGUUAUCACAGACCUAUCUGAGUGCUAUCAAUGCGGACACUAUUAUGGUUCCUAUUGUUGCCUGGCAUAGCAUUACAAAACGGAACAAGAAAUUCUGCGUGAGUUUCAGGCCAUUGAAGGUGAUCAUGGCACGAGAAUUAUUAUUUAUCGACUCAGAACACAGUAAUUAUGUGUUGUGUAGUGUUCUCUUCAUUGCAUAUUUCAACAAGAAUUUAACAACAUACAUGCUUGUUACGAAGCAGGGUGCUACUAGAUCCUAUCAAUCUGCACCGGCAAAUGCCCAGAUACCAUUGGAUAGACCUGACCAAUCGUGGGUGCAAUGUGAUCGAUGUCUCAAGUGGAGAAAGCUACCAGACACAGUACAUGCAGAUUCUUUGCUUGAAAAGUGGUUCUGUGAAAUGAAUACAGACCCUGUAUACAGUCGAUGUAACGUUCCUGAGGAGCCAGAAGACCCAAUAGAUAAUGACCGACCAAGUUAUGACAAAAGUACUAUGAGACGAAUGGAAAGAGAUAAACUGCAGAGAGCAAUUGAUGAAAGGAAUCGGCAAAAAAUGAUAGAACAAAGGAAGAUCGUGGAAAUGCAGCGACAGAUACAGAAAAAAGAUGCAGAGUUGCAAGUUAAAAAUAAACAGAUUGAACAUGAAAAGAAAAAACAAUUAUUAGUCAAAGCGAGAGGACUUCUUACACCAGAUGAGCUUAGAUUUCGUGAAAAUAUGGAAAAACAAACGCAAUUGCUGAUGCAACAGCUUGAGAAACAGCGCGAGGAACUAGCAAGGCAGCAAGAAAAGAUAAGACAGCAGCAGAUGAAUGGUAAACAGGUUGCAAGACAAGUUGAUUCCAAACCUGUUGGUCUUACACCGGUUGCAGGCACAAGUAAAUCGUCGUACAUUGUUACCAAACCACUACUCAAAAGAACACCAACACCAAUUAACAAUACCACUGCUGCUGGAAUACCAGAUAUGAAAAGAAUCAAACGAGAACCAGGAACACAAGAUUGUGUAAUUGUGAUUGAUGACGAUGAGGAUUCCCUCUCCAAUUGUGCAAGUUCUUCCCCUGCUAAUAGGAAAACAGUAUGCACUAGCGUUAACAGUACGCAGACAGACACAGUGGAAAUAAAAACUAGCAUUCCAGAUGACUCUAUACAGAAACUAUCAUCGCUGGAACAGCAGCAGGUGUUAAUGCAGAAAUCUAGGGAGCUUGGACAACUGAGGAGGAAUGUUGCAAAACUUUUACAGGUUCUUGUGCCGGAGUUGGACUUGGCCGACAAUGAUAUUGACAUUGAGAGUAAUGAAAUGGAUGAACUUUUACGACAGGUUUUAGAUGCAAAUAAAACCAACUGACAUCAUUAGAAUACAUAUAGAUUUGUGCUCAGCUUAUACACCUGUGUAAUAUAUAAAAGUUAUAAAAUGAACAUUUAUACAGCAUUUUUAUCCAAUUCCAGCAAUCGUGUGUGGUAUAUUACCACUUUUUUUGUACGGUUGUUUUUUAUAUAGAUACAAAAAUGUAGGCAGUACACAAAACGUCAAUAUCUCACUCACAAAUCAAGAUAUAAAAACACCAUCUAUUAUCAUUGCAACCCUAUUAACAGUAUAAUUUCAGAAAAGCAAUUUCUAGCUUCUCUUCAAGGUAGGUAAGGCCUAGAAUGUUUUUACCAUUAUACAUUUUCCACACUUGAGAGCGUUUAUAAGAACACAUUUCUGUGAAAGUAGCUGUGACUUACUGGGUUUUUGUAGCUUUUACUCGCAAAAAAUUGAAUAUUCAUUCCUUGUGAAAUUAGAUUGACUUAUUGUUAUGGAAAGUGUAAAAAGAUUUAUGACACAUUUGUCUUUUUAGCUUUUUAUAGCUGCUUUAGAUAUAAAGUGGCAUCCAUAUAGCUGCUAUAUUUUUAAAGCAGUCUUUUUAGAAAAUUUGUCCUAUUUUGGAAGUAGAAUGGCAAUUGUAAUAACAUACAACAUUUUCUUGCAACAUUUACAGUGAAAGGCAUGAAGCUGAUUGACCAAUCCGGAAAUGAUACAGCGUCAUCUUUGCAAAUUUAAAUUAUUAUUGAUAGAUAGUUAAACAUCUUCCAAUCAACAAGCCCUUUAUUUUGAAUAGUGGGUGAUGGAAGUUAUGUCACUUAAUAUACUUAAUAUUCACAAAAUAUUUUUUUAAAGGCUUUAACAUAAACAGUAAUCAGGUCAUGAACUAAAUUCCUAUUUUGUGAGUUAUCCUGACAAAUUGCCAAUCACAAACUGUUAUUUAUCUAAACAACCUAAAAUUUUGCCAUUGCCACGAAACUCAACCCAAACUUUCAGGUUCGUACUGUGCAAAUACUUUAACCCCAAGGCAAACCUAAUAUUCCUUCAGAACUGUUCUAAUCAUGUCUUAUACAUGUAAAAAUGACGAUCCUUUAAAGAAAAUGGUCAGUGUUGUAUAGAAGUGCAUGUUUUAUGAAAGAACCGCAACUCUACCUUGUUUUUAAAAUAUCUUGAAUUGUCAGGUUACUGCUUUUUUGGUAUUCUUUGUUGCAAAAGUAUGAUGGUCAAUUUUGAUGAAGUAAGGGUUCUUAACUUUAAAUAUAUUGCCUUUCCGAAAGACAAAACUAUAAAAACAGAAAAUUCAAGUUCAAAAUAAAAUUGCGCAUUUCACAUGAUAUGCAAGAUCUCGCUCAUAUCUUGAAAAUACCCAUUGCCAUGUGGGAAAUGUACAUGUUUAAAAUACCGCUUUUUUUUAGCCAUGUUUAGAUUUGUUAUUUCUUCUUUGAACAUUUGUUUUAUGCAUGUUCUCUUCAAGGGCUAUGAAUAAUUAAAAUAUGCACAUAGCAAACAGUCUUUAUAGUUUAAGGCAUGGGCAUAGUUGAUUUGCCAAAAUAGCACUGUGUUGUUUUUAAUUGGGGGGGGGGGGGGUUAAUGUAAAAUGAGGAGAUGCUCAGUUUUUAAUAUCCAUUGACCUGUAGUUCAGUUUGUGUGUGAACUCAUUAGCCUUUUUCUCUGUGUCUUGCAGUGUAUAUAGUUCAAUUAGUUUAAAGAGAACUUCAUCUUAUAGUCCCCUAAAGUUGACGAAAUUUUUAAUUAUUUUGUAAAUUGUAUUUUUCAGUUUAUUUUCUUUGCUUUGUCAGUGGAAUUCAACUUAACAUGUUGUAAUUUGCAUAUUGAAAUUCGUUGUAUUUCAUUCAAUCAAUCAAUUACAGUUGGUGAAAUACUAUUCCUAAAUAUGCUCGCUCCAUUAUUUAAAAAAAUCAUGUAGAUGUGCUCCUAAUAGAGCAAGUAUGGUAAUGUAAAUUAUGUUUUUAGACAUCAAAAUCGUUUCCUAAAAAAUUCUUUUCUAUCCACCAACCAAUGCCAAAUGUACAAUGACUUCCCAUUAAUUCUGAAAACCCCUAUACACCUAGUAACACACUAUGUAUUCAAAGUGACCAAUAAUAAAUGAAAUGCAAACUUUAUACAACAUAAUAUGCAAAUAAUAUGUGAAGUUGGAACUUCGACGUCUAUAGUGCUGCGUACUGUCAGUUACAUUUAGAAUUCAGGUAAAAUAUAUCACUAUAAAUGUGUUUAAUUUAAUAUUGGUCACAAGAACAUACCAUUCUUAUUUUUUUUUUUUUGUCAAAAAAGAUAUUCAUACUUAAAAAUUGGGUGACGAAACUUUUGUUUUGUAUGUCUGAUCAGUAUUUGACACUUUUUGUAAUAUAUCACUUCCUCAGUGAAUGAUGCAAUAUUAUAUCUUAAUAAAAUGAAUUGUGUA